AUUUGUUUCCUUGGGUCAGAAGCCUGGACAACAGAGCUCAACCUCCCCCGACUCCUACGUUCAAAGUCGGGACACUGUCCUACACCUGUAGAGAAGAGGGAGGGGGUUUGAGAUCAAGCCCAGGUACCUGAGGUUCCUAGACAGCGCCGGACUUCGGACCCUGUGUCCUGCUACUCCAGCUGGGGCUCCUCCAGGUACCCCAGGGGCACCCCUGUGAGGUCAGCUCCACUCCAGAUGGGCUUCUGAAUCCCGGCCAGGCUUUUCUUCUCUCCUGCCUGGGUGAGGGGGCUCCUGGGCUGGGUGGUGGCUACCUGGGGCCCUUUGCAGGUUGCACCUGGACCUGGACUGGAGGUAGGCCAAAGGUGGGGAGGAGGAGAUGAUGUCAGAGGAGCCUCAGCCUCCCCCCCACCACCCACAUCUUCCUCCUCCCCAAUCCUGUUCUUGUGGGGGGGGGGGGGGAGUGGAGGGGAUGGGUAGAGGCAGGGUUGUUUGUGUUUCUCCUAAGCCAGGAAGUAGUGGAGAUGAGUCAAGGGUGAAUGGAGAGCUCCAGGCAGUGUGUCCCGCCCCACCCUGACUCACCUGUCCCCCAAAUCUCCUCUUGUCCUCACUUAAAGGUUGGGGACCUGCCUCAUCCCAGGUGCGGGGAAGGGGGGCAGAUCUUGGGUGCCUUAGGCAAGCUAACAGCGCUGGCCCAGUAUCUGGAGCACAGGCAGGGGACAGAACUGCUGGUCCCAGGUCCUCCCAGAUCUCAGCCCAGCCUAAAGGGUCUUGGUUCCUGAGAAGGAGGGGCUUGCGAUGCCUCCACCUGCUGGUGGCCAUCCUUGCCCCAUCUCUUCUAUCCUUGUCCUGGAUGCCGUGUAGUGCCUGUGGGCAAUAAAACAUGGGUAAGACCCUGGCCUUGCCUGGGAUGGCUGGGCAUCUUCAGACCAGUGGGUGAAUAAGACAGGUGCGGAGGCCCCAGCACAGGGCCCAGAGGGAGCCCUUCAGUCUGAAUGUGGAAAAUCCAGGAAGGCUUCUCAGAGGAGGUGGCUCUGGCGUUGAGGCCUCAAGAAAGUUGGGGAGGGGGAGGGGUCUAACGAAGGCACACAAGGUUUGGGGGCCGCUGGGGUGCAGGCCCCAGACUCGCCUUCUCCUUCCCACUGCAGCUGAGCUCGCCUCCUGUCCUCCUGGUUCCUGUCCUUCCCCACCUCCUUCUCUCCUUCUGUGCAUCACUCAGCGCUUGAGCAGGCGUUGCCACAACAGGCUCUGGCAACAAAGCGCUGGGAAAACCUGGGGCAGAGCCCAGAGGAGUGAGUGCCCCACGCUGGGAAGUGCAAGGGUGACACUGAGCCCGGCUGUGUGGGGGUCAGGGAGUCCCUCGCUGCUGCCUGGCCUGUGGUGAGGGACCCUCACCGCUCUUCCCCUGGGCAACCUGGGGUAAGGAAGAGCACUGGACUGGGAGUCCAAACGCUGAGCUCUGCUCCCUGUCUCACCUGUGAUGAGGCAGGAGUGCUUCUUUUUCAGGGCUCAGAGUCCCUUUUUGUAACAGGGACUCAACGCUGCCCUUCCCCAGAGGCUCCAGGGAACUCCAGUUAGUGGGGGAUCGAGGAGGGGCCGGAUAAACUCUGAGGGGCACCCGACAGAAGGGUGAAGGAGGUCUGGGUCCCCUUGGCCCCUCUCCCCAGGACAAGGGCACAAGAGCAGCUGUUCCUCUUCUCCCUCAGAGGUCAUGGAGCUGGGUCUGUCUCCACUUCAUCUCAGCAGCUCCCCAGAAGACCUGUACCUGGCCUCUGGGACCCCUCCUGGGACUCCUCCACCUCUCAAUGCUCCUCUGUCUGGGGAGGUGAAGAGGUCCCAGCCUCUGCCCAUUCCAACCAGCAGGAAACUUCUUCGAGAGGAGGAGCUACAGUCAACCUCUCUGCCCUCCAUCCCCAACCCCUUCCCCGAGCUCUGCAGUCCUUCACAGAGCCCCAUUCUUGGGGGGUCCUCCAGUGCAAGGGGGCUGCUCCCUCGAGACACGAGCUGCCCCCAUGUCAUAAAGGUGUACAGUGAAGAUGGGACCUGCCGCUCGGUGGAGGUGGCGGCAGGGGCCACGGCUCGCUAUGUGUGCGAGAUGCUGGUGCAGCGAUCUCACUCCCUGAGUGACGAGAACUGGGGGCUGGUGGAGUGCCACCCCUACCUAGCACUGGAGCGGGCCUUGGAGGAUCAUGAGUCAGUGGCAGAAGUGCAGGCUGCCUGGCCCAUUGGUGGAGACAGCCGCAUCGUCUUCCGGAAGAACUUUGCCAAAUACGAGCUGUUCAAGAGCACUCCACACUCCCUAUUCCCAGAAAAGAUGGUCUCUAGCUGUCUGGAUGCACACACGGGCAUGUCCCAUGAGGACGUCAUCCAGAACUUCCUGAAUGCAGGCAGCUUCCCAGAGAUCCAGGGCUUCCUGCAGCUCCGGGGGUCAGGGCGCAAGCUUUGGAAACGUUUUUUUUGCUUCCUGCGCCGCUCUGGCCUGUAUUACUCCACCAAGGGCACUUCCAAGGAUCCGAGGCACCUGCAGUGCGUAGCAGAUGUGAACGAGUCCAAUGUGUAUGUGGUGACCCAGGGCCGCAAGCUCUACGGGAUGCCCACAGACUUUGGCUUCUGUAUCAAGCCAAAUAAGCUUCGAAAUGGCCACAAGGGGCUUCGCCUCUUCUGCACUGAGGAUGAGCAGAGCCGCUCCUGCUGGUUAGCCGCCUUCCGCCUCUUCAAGUUUGGGGUACAGCUGUAUAAGAAUUACCAGCAGACACUGUGCCGCCACCUGUGCCCACCCUGUGGGGGUUCCCCACCCUCGAGGAGUGUCUCAGACAACACUCUGGUGGCCAUGGACUUCUCCGGCCAUGCCGGGCGUGUCAUUGAGAACCCCCGGGAAGCUCUGAGCGCCGCCCUGGAGGAGGCCCAGGCCUGGCGGAAGAAGACGAACCACCGUCUCAGCCUGCCCACCCCCAGCUCGGGCACAAGCCUCAGUGCAGCCAUCCACCGCACCCAACCCUGGUUCCAUGGACGCAUUUCUCGCGAGGAGAGCCAGCGGCUCAUUGGGCAGCAGGGCCUGGUUGAUGGCCUGUUCCUGGUCCGAGAGAGUCAGCGGAACCCACAGGGCUUUGUGCUUUCUCUGUGCCACGUGCAGAAAGUCAAACAUUACCUUAUCCUGCCAAGCGAGGAGGAGGGGCGCCUGUACUUCAGCAUGGACGACGGCCAGACUCGCUUCACCGACCUGCUGCAGCUCGUGGAGUUCCACCAGCUGAACCGCGGCAUCCUGCCCUGCCUGCUGCGCUACUGCUGCACCCGCGUGGCCCUCUGACCACUGCACGGGCCGGUCACAUCUUGGCCCCCCCCAGGCUGCCCUCCUCCUCCGGAGCUGCCCACCCCGGAGCGGACUCAGAGUGGGCAGAAGGUGAGGCCAGGAUCAUCAUGAAUGGCUGGGAGCUCCCCUAAUCCAGUUUUCUCCUCUGCUCCUUGCCUCCCUCAGGCAGAAGGUGCUCCCUGCUCAGUCCACCCUCAACUUCUCCUUCAGGGAAGGCACUUGUGUGGCCUUCUCCCCUUCACGGAGCUCCUGGGUGCUGCUCUGGGAAAGGACACUAUGGGAGAAAUGGGGGCAGCCGAGGUGGUCUUUACACCCCACAUUUUGUACAGACUGAGAGGCCAGUUGAUCUCUGUUUUAUACUAGUGACAAUAAAGAUUAUUUUUUGGUACA